AUGAUAUCCAAACGCGUUUUCGAUCUUUGUCAAGUUCACGAGACUGUUAGCUCUGCUCUGGCAAAAGACCCUUAUCAAGCACCAGGAGAUAUCGUUAAACGACUGUACGGUGGCCAAGAGCAUGCUGGACAACCCACCGAUGCCUCUGACACGAAUGAUCCGGCCGCAUCAGUCAAUCCACUGGAACUGGCUCUCAAAUGUGGGCGCUGGGGCCCAACAGAACCGAGCGCCCUCUUUCUGCAAGCCUUUGCUGAUGCACUGAGCUGUCUCCACAGUAAUCCCAUGGCAGGGGUAAUCUCACCUCCGUUGAUGGGGUCGCAUGGGAUGAUACCUCUCACGAUUGUCGCGCCGCUGCAAGACAUCGUUCGUCACUGCUCCAAUCUCAUUGUCCGCGCAGAGAAAGAGGUGUUCUUUAUUACAUGCUCUUGGUCGCCAUCGGUGGCACAGAGGCUCAUCAGAAAUGCUCUGAUUGAACUUUCGAAGCGCGCGGAAAAGCGAGGACAACGAGUCAUGGUGAAGAUCAUGUAUGACAAGCCUUCCAUUGGGAACAUCUUCAGCCCUCACCAACGGGUGAAACCGAAGACCUUUACAUCCAACUCUGUUCAACUUCCCGCGCCCGAAGAGGUGCCAUUUCUUGACAUGGAGGUUAUCAGCCUACACAGAUUGAUCCUGGGGACCCUGCACGCCAAGUUCUGCAUCAUUGAUCGCAAGAUUGCCGCCAUCAUGAGCAACAACAUCGAAGACAAUGACAACAUGGAAAUGAUGACACACCUCGAGGGGCCUGUGGUCGAGAGCAUUUACGACACUGCAUUGAUCACUUGGAACAAUCCACUGCGCGCAGAGCCACCCUCACCCGAAAGUUCAGUUGCCGAGGGUGGUUCAUCAGUAUCCACACAACACCUCCGGCGUCUCGAAGUUCUGGAUCACGAAGAGAGGCAUCAUGGGACCCAGAUCGUGUCACAGGACAGAGCUUGCCCUGAACUACCAGAGCAUACUCCUGAGAGUCCCCAUUACGAUGAUGAUAUUGCUGGAGAAAUUGUUAGAAUGCAGUCAUGCUACUCCAACAAGUCGGACGAGACCCGGCUGCAAGCAACGAACCGACAGCUCAACCUUGCGGUUAAGAAUCCCAUUCAACCAACAGGUCCUGACAUUCAGGAUGGGGAGGAAAUGACACCAUAUAUCGAGACGUCCACUACGGAGCCUGUCCCGAUAGCCCUUGUGUGUCGACCUCCCUACGGCCCUAUAAACUCGAAGAGUCUACAUGUGCCUCAGAACGAGGCUUGGCUUUCCCUAAUCCGGAAUGCGAGAAGGGAUAUCUUCAUCCAGACGCCAGAUCUCAAUGCUGGACCGCUGAUGACAGCUUUGGCUGAUGCUCUCAAGCGUGGCGUUGAGGUUACGUACUACGUAUGCUGGGGGUACAAUGACACAGGAGAGAUGGUUCCCGGUCAAGGCGGAACUAACGAGCAAGCGGCGCGAGCUCUUAUCAAUGGUCUUCCACCGACGGGACCUGAGCGUGACAUCUUACACAUUUACCACUAUGUUGGAAAGGAUCAGGACCACUCCAUUUACAAUUCAUUUAAAUCCCGGUCCUGUCAUGUUAAACUACUGAUCGCAGAUGGAGCGGUUGGCAUUCAAGGCAGUGGGAAUCAAGAUACACAAUCAUGGUUUCAUAGCCAGGAGGUAAACAUCAUGGUAGACAGCCACGCAAUCUGUCAGCAGUGGAGAAGAGCCAUUGACCGAAACCAGAACACAAGAGUGUUUGGUCGGGUUAGUUUGUAGAAAUAAAGGUCAGUAAGGUAUAAGUAGCAACCCUUAUAAAAGGC